CCUCUUCGUCGAGCACCUCAACUUCGCCUUCACUUUCUAUGUUUUCCUCAUCUUCACACUCCUCUUCUUCCGGAUCGCUGAUUUCGAGUACGUAUGCCUGCUUACAUCGAUGGCCUGGUGAGAACUUCUCUUCGCACUUGAAACAAAGGCCUUUCUCGCAUCGGCGUUUGAUUUCCUCAAGCGAAAGUCGCUUGACUUCUGGCCCCGUUGUCGCUCAGUUCCGCGACUAUCACGCCGAAAAGUUCUCAGGGCAGGGAGAUCCCCGCAUUGUUGAUGAAUGGAUUCAGGGCAUAGGGUUUAUCUUUGAGGUUAUGGACUGCCCCGACAAAUAUCGCGUAAUCUGCGCUCAGCUUCAGCUCACUGGUGAUGCAAGGCUCUGGUGGAAUGCCUACUGGAGCAUGCGUCCCGGUGAAAAGGCGGGUUGUACAUGGGACAUGUUCAAGGAGCUAGUCCGCGACAAGUACUACCCUUUCUACUAUCGGGCAGAGAUGGAGCGUCAGUUCUUAGCGCUUCAGCAGGGCACUCGUACUGUCGAUGAGUACGAGCGAGAGCUCACUAGACUUGCAGCUUUCGUACUGGACCUGGUUCGUACGGAGGCUCAGAGAGCGCAGCGGUUUAUUGACGGGCUUUUUCCAGCAGUCCGUCACAACAUCGUUGGACACGGCACCCAGACCUACGCUCGUGCAGAUAUCUGCUACUACUGCCACGAGCAUGGACACUUUGCGAGUCGCUGUCCGAAGAGACUCCAGCAGCAGCCUCAGCAGCCUCAGCAGCCACCACAGCAGCAGCAACCACGUCAGCAGGCACAGAGGCCGCCUCAGCAGCAGCAGCAGAGGGGCAGACAGCAGGCCCGAGUUUACGCGAUCGAUCAGGCGGAGGCAGCACAACAGCCAGAUACUAUGUCAGGGAUGGUUGUUCUCAAUGAUAUUCAUGUGUUUGCUUUAUUCGAUACUGGAGCGACACAUACUUUCAUUUCACGACGAUGUCUCGAUGCCAUCGGAGUUCACGCCGUUACCGCUGUCGAUCCUCUCGAGGUAAGCUUAGCCCCGGGACGAAAGAUAGUGACCUCAGCUAAAGCCUCAGAUCUUAGCCUUUCCAUCGGUGGCCGAGUAUUGACUGCCGACGCGUUUGUUCUCGAGAUGAGAGACUUCGGUCUUAUUCUCGGAAUGGAUUGGCUAUCCUUCUAUCAUGCAGACAUCAGGUGUCAUGACCGGGAGAUCACUCUCUAUCUUCCGGGAGACGAGUCGAUUACUUUAUUCGGCUUCAGGAAUCGUUCACUGUCUCAUGUUGUUUCGAUGGCGAAAGCCACUAAGUUAUUGCGACGAGGCAACUGCAAGGGUUAUCUGGUUAGCCUUGUCGAUGAUUCUCAGAAAGCGCGAACACCUCAUGAUGUUCCAAUCGUUCGCGAGUUUUUGGACGUGUUCCCAGACGAGCUUCCAGGAGGACCGCCUAAUCGGCAGGUGGAAUUCUCUAUCGAUCUUAUUCCAGGGGCCGGUCCAGUAUCUAAAGCCCCAUAUCGUAUGGCGCCUAAGGAGUUGCAGGAGCUCAAGACUCAGAUUCAGGAGCUGUUACGACUCGGUUUUAUCCGGCCGAGCGUGUCACUGUGGGGAGCACCCGUUCUCUUUGUUAAGAAGAAGGACAGAUCCAUGCGCAUGUGUAUCGACUACCGGGAUCUUAACCGGUUGACGAUCAAGAAUAAGUACCCGCUUCCCAGGAUCGACGACUUAUUUGAUCAGUUGAGGGGAGCCUGUGUGUUUUCAAAGAUUGAUUUACGAUCAGGCUACCACCAGCUGAAGAUUAAGGAGUCAGAUAUCGCUAAGACCGCUUUCAGCACUCGUUACGGCCAUUACGAGUUCGUCGUCAUGCCUUUCGGUCUCAGCAAUGCGCCAGCAGUUUUCAUGGACCUUAUGAACCGUAUUUUCCAUCCCUACCUCGACCAGUUUUUUGUGUUAGUAUUCUUUGAUGACAUUUUGGUGUACUCGAAAACGUGGGCAGAUCAUCUCGAGCACUUGCGCGUUGUUUUGGAGAUUUUGGCGGCUAACUCAUUCUAUAUCAAGUCGUCCAAGUGCUCGUUUGCUCAAGAGGUGGUCGAGUACCUUGGGCACUUUAUUUCUCAUGAUGGUGUUAAGGUAGACCCAAGGAAAAUCGAGGCGAUGGUGGGGUGGCCGAAACCCGUGAGCUUGACGCAAUUACGAGGGUUCCUAGGACUUACGGGCUAUUAUCGCAAAUUCGUGAAGGACUAUGGAACUAUCGCUAAGCCGCUCACGGAGAUGACAAAGAAAGGGAAUUUCAA